AUGCACAAAGGUAGUCCAAGAUAUCCACAGUCACAAGGCUCUGUUGAAAGGGGAAAUGCCAUUUUAAAGACUAAGCUUGCCAAGUGGAUGGAAUACAACAGAAGUAAACAUUGGACUGAGGGUCUUUCCAUAGUGACUCAUGCAAUGAAUGUAUCCACCAGAGUUACAAACUGUAUGCCAUAUGAACUGGUGUUCAAUAAAAAUCCACAGACAUACUAUGCACUAUUGGACGACUUUGAUGAUAACGAAAUCAUAAGUGAAGAACAGUUAAAUAUAGACUUCGAGGAAAACCUGGAUACAGACUUUUAA